UAGAGAGUUUGAUGUGAUCAUAAGAAAAGUAGAUGAUACGCUGGAAACUCAAAAAGUAACAUUUUACAUAGAACUGCAAACAUCACAAGAAAAGUAUCCAAAGCAAAAAAUUAUUAAGCGCUGAGAAAACUAUCAGACUGUAGAGAAGAAAUGGAGGAAAGCAACGACGUUUCAGAGUCAACACCAGCGGCGGCUUUGCGGCUAAAAUGGGACGUGUUUCUGAGCUUCCAUGGCGAAGAUGCCAGAAAUAAUUUCGUCGAUCUUCUUUACAACUCCCUCUUGUCCAAUGAGAUCCGAGUGUUUAGAGACAAUGAUGGAACGAAUCGGGUCGUUGAGAUAGCUCCGAGUUUUUUCGAAGCGAUUGAGGACUCGGCGGUGGCUGUUGCUGUUAUAUCGCCGAGUUAUGCAUCCUCACCGUGGUGCCUGGAGGAGCUGGCCAGAAUUUGCGAGUUAAGGAAACUGGUGCUCCCCGUGUUCUUCCAAGUAGAUCCGUCGGACGUGAGGAGGCUGGAAGGGCCAUUCAAGGAAGAUAUUGAGAGUUUGGAAGCAAGGUGUGGAGUAGACAAAGUGAAGAGAUGGAGGAAUGCCAUGGAAAGAGUUGGAGGAAUUUCUGGUUGGGUCUACAACAGCAGGUUAAUUUAUAUACUCUCUCUCUCUCUCUCACAUCCAUAUGAAAAAAACACUAAAUUACAUGAUUCUUGGGAAAGUAGCACCUGUAUCUUGGUGUUAUAUACCCAAAAUGUUCAAAUAGUUUUAACAUUCAUUUUUUGACUAGAUGAAUUUUUUCCCAUAAAAGAGUGAAGAAUAAAUAAUCUGGAAAAAUAAUUUAUGAGAAAAUGAAAGUCUCACAUUUGAAGCUUAAAGAGGACAAACAAGCAAUUUGAUAGGAGUUAAACGAGCAAUUAAAUUAAUUGUUGAUGUUCUCAAAAGAUUUACCAUUUUAUGGAAGCAUGAGCAUGUUUAUUGACAAGUCAAAAAUUGCAAGAUUUGUACAGCUUUUCUCGGCAAGAGAGAAAGUUAUGAAUACGAAAGGACAGUAAUGUUUAUUGGUAGGGUUCAAUGUAAUGAAUGUGUCCAAAAACCAGUAUUGUCACCUCAUAAUUGAUGUAAGUUUGGGCAGGAAAAUGAAGUGCAAGGUUAAUUUUUCUCUACAAAACUCCUAAAAUUGCUGGAUGUAAUUUAUAAAUGAGUUCAGCAUCACUCAUGUUUAACAUCCGAAAUUUUAA